CAAGCAUAAGUUGAGAAGAACUUUCCUGCUACAUAAACCUACCAUUUGGGGUUUAUAUAAAGUACCUUUCUUGGAGAAGAGAAAGAGCAGCUCUAACUACAGUUUCAACCUUACCUUUCUUUCACAAUUGCAAACAACAGGAGAAAAAAGCAAGAAAAAUGGAGGGAAUUAAGGGAGUACUGAUGAUGGUUUGUUUGGCAUCGGGAAUUCUAGUAGGGCAGUCCACCGCUUCUUUCCAAAGCUGCUAUAUGGGUUGCUUCGUUUUGUGUGUUAUUACAACGGAAAACACAGUUUUCUCUUGCUCUGUCAAGUGCCUCAAGGAUUGUAUUAUUCCAAGCUCUACUGAUUUGGCAAGUCUCAACAAAGACGACACCCAAUACUUCUGCAAGCUUGGUUGUGCUGUCUCCUUGUGCGCAAAUCUCAGCUCCAAAGAAAAUCCUGGUGUACAAAAGGUUGGAAGAUGUGUAGAUUCUUGCUCAGAGACAUGUGCCAAGACGAACUGAUUUCUUCACCAUAUAUGCUUUUAAGAUAUGAUGUUCAGUUUGAGAUAUUGUUAUAAUUAGCCAAAUGAUUGAAUCGUAAUGAAUAAAGUCUGAUAAAUUAAUGUUUGGGUUAAUGGU